UACCAUUACAUGAUCGAUAACUAAAUAAAACAAAGAGAGAAGCAGAUAAUGGCAAUGUGUUUCACUUUCAGAUUAGCAAUUCUGCUAACUCUUCUUCUGACCAGCUUAGCAGACAUGGAUGAUGUUGGUUUCAUCUACAAUGGAUUUCUGUCAGCUAAUCUAAGCCUUGAUGGCAUCGCAAAGUUGACUUCGAAUGGGCUCCUAAAGCUCACCAAUGAAACAGGCAGGCAUGAAAAAGGCGGUGCUUUCUACCCUCACCUUAUUAACUUCAAGAACUCAACCAACGGUUCCGUUUCUUCCUUCUCUACAGCCUUUGUCUUCGCUAUUAUUUCUGAAUCCCAAGCCUUCGGUGGUCACGGAAUAGCUUUCGCAAUUUCACCAACCAGGGGCCUCCCCGAAGCUAUUCCAAGCGAUUAUCUCGGACUCUUCAACGAGUCCAACAACGGCAAUGCUGGAUAUUACAAGGAUGGCAGCCGUCAGUUUAGAAACCUGAGUAUGAUCGAUGGGAAAAGGAUACAAGUUUGGGUCGAAUAUCAUGGUCGAGAGAAGCGAAUGGAUGUUACGUUAGCACCAUCUGGAGUUUCUAAACCCAAGACUCCACUUUUAUCUUCGCCUCUUGAUCUUUCUUCAAUUGUUAACAGUGAGAUGUAUGUUGGUUUUUCAUCCUCAACUGGCGCUCUUAUCUCAUCUCAUUAUGUCUUGGGUUGGAGCUUUAAGAUGAAUGGUCAGGCGCAAGAGCUUACCCUGUCUCGACUUCCAAAGCUUCCUCGUUUAGGACCAAAGAAAAAAUCAAGGCUUUUGACAAAUGGAUUGCCUUUGGUUUUAGCGAGUGUGAUUUUGGCAGGAGUUUCAAGUGUAGUUUAUUUCGUAAGGAGGAAGAGGAAGUUCGCUGAAAUUGUUGAAGAUUGGGAACUUGAGUAUGGGCCGCAUAGAUUCAAGUUUAAAGAUCUAUAUGUUGCUACAAAGGGAUUCAAAGACAAGGAGCUAUUGGGUGCUGGUGGGUUCGGAAGAGUCUAUAAAGGAGUUCUUCCAACCACUAAACUUGAGGUUGCAGUGAAAAGAGUCUCACGUGAAUCGAAACAAGGGAUGAAGGAAUUCAUAGCAGAAAUCGUGAGUAUCGGUCGUCUCCGCCACCGAAAUUUAGUUCAACUCUUGGGAUAUUGCCGGCGUCAAGGUGAGCUACUUUUGGUCUAUGACUACAUGCCAAAUGGAAGUCUGGAUAAGUACUUGUACAACCAGCCGAAGCUCACCCUUAACUGGAGUCAAAGAUUCAGAGUCAUCAAAGGUGUAGCAUCAGGAUUGUUUUAUCUACAUGAAGAAUGGGAGCAAGUUGUAAUUCACAGGGAUGUUAAGGCUAGCAAUAUUUUGCUUGAUAGUGGACUAAAUGGAAGAUUAGGAGAUUUUGGGCUUGCUAGAUUAUAUGAUCAUGGAACUGAACCACAAACUACUCAUGUUGUGGGCACAGUUGGUUAUCUUGCCCCAGAGCUUACUCGAACCGGGGAAGCUACACCCUGCACCGAUGUGUUUGCUUUUGGGGCAUUUUUGCUUGAAGUUGCUUGCGGAAGAAGGCCAAUAUCACAAUCUUCAACAGAUGUCAUUCUAGUUGACUGGGUGUAUUCUUGCUGGCGCAAAGGUGAUAUUCUUGAGGCAAAGGAUCCAAAUUUGGGUUCAGAUUGUGUCGCUGAGGAAGUCGAGUUGAUUUUAAAACUUGGGUUGAUAUGCUCCCAGUCAGAGCCUGAAGCCAGGCCAACUAUGCGCCAUAUUGUUCAGUUUUUAGAAGGAGAUAUUCCCUUCCCCAGAAUGUCAUCACUUCGUCUCUCUAGUGGUAUAGCAUUUUCCCAUCGUACAGGCUUCGAUGAAUUUGCCAUGCUGUACACAUCUUCCUUGAACAACAAAUUCUCCCAUUCUUCUUCUGCUGAAGCUUCUCUUCUUUCAGGGGGCCUGUGACUGUAAACUUUUCUCCAGGUUUUUAAUAAAUUUUAAUGCAUUGUUUUGUGCCAAUGUUACGAGAUAAUAAACUUUUUUUGCUACUUAAGACAUUACUGAUAAA